CACAGCCCCGUGUAUGAGCGGGCUGCGCACCAACCAGUCAGUCAGGAAGAGGGUCCAGGCAGUGAUGCGCAGCCGAAAACUGACACGUCCUUAAGACAGGUCAGGGAAGGACAAGGGAAGGAUGGGAAGGCAAAGGAAGAGGAAUGUGACAGGUGAUGGAGUGCCUCACACACGGAAGGAGGAGAAACCCCCGGUCCCAGGCCGCAAGGAAAAGAAAAAGAAGACGGACAUUGGAAAAGUUUUCAUCAAUGUAUCCAUUGGCUUGUGCAUCUUCAGCCUUGUCUGGUUCUUUUAUGCCCUUUACAUGCGCUCAGCCUUGGCCAAGAGAGUAGUGACCCCGCACCCUGCUCCACGGGUCUUAGACUCCAAUAGCACCAGUGCUUCUGUGUCUCCUGAGAGGUAUUGGGGCACCUAUCGACCCCAGGUGUACUUUGGCAUGAAAACAAGAAGUCCAAAGUCUGUUGUCACAGGGUUGAUGUGGAUGCGUCAGUUUUCUGAGGUGGACGUGAACCUUAGGCACACAUGUGAGCAGGGAGACCGUUUGCAGGGCUAUGGCUGGCUGACGCAUGAUGGACUCAACUUUGGCAUCCAGGAGAUUCAUGACAGCGAUUUCACCCUCACGACAGAAUUUGUGAAACGAAUGGGAGGUGAACACGGGGGUGACUGGACAUGGAGGAUCACAGCCAAACAGCACAGCUCUGCCCCUCAAGCUCCAGUCGUUUCACUGAUGUUCUACGUGGCCACAGAUACUCAGGGCUCCCUGCAGGCUCACGUGGAGGAGAGGACUCGCCUGAGCUCUGUUACUGGAACUUCAGAGGAACUUGGAAACUUCAAGAUCACUUUCCGCAAACCGACUGCAGGAGGGGCUGCUAGUGGCAAAUACGCCAGCUACAAUUACUUGCAGACGCUGAGCCCUGGUCUGGACAGGCUGACUGACAUAGUGAAGAACAGCCUGAAUCGCAGGUUUGUUUUCCAUCCUCCCUCUGGUGAGAGAAGGCCUUACAUUGCAGUGGACACCUACAAACCCCCUCCGCACCAGCAACAGCAGAAGGAUAACCGCAUAGAGAGUGACUUUCUUGUUCACCAAGUUACCGUGCAGACCCCCUUCCAGAUUGAAGUUUUGUUUGAGAGUGGCAGCUUUCAUGAUCGGCCGAACCAACUUGUGGGCUCAGUGCUGACUGAGGAGCUGGAGAAGUGGAAGGUAACUUUUGAUGAGAAGUUUGAAAGGACUUUUGGGCUUCAAGCUAAGGGCUUCUCUCCAGCCCAGGUGAAGUUUAGCAAGGCUGCUUUAAGUAACAUGCUUGGUGGCAUGGGAUAUUUCUUUGGGCAGUCUGUGGUGCAGUCCGUUUAUAAUGAGCACCCUUUGCUUUAUCCUGAGGGUGUCUUGUUUACUGCAGUGCCCUCCCGUUCCUUUUUCCCAAGAGGCUUCCUGUGGGACGAAGGCUUCCACCAGCUCCUCCUCAGUAAGUGGGACCCGCAAGUCACACGUGAGACUGUAGCGCACUGGCUGGACCUAAUCAAUGUGGAGGGAUGGAUCCCACGUGAGCAGAUCUUGGGUGACGAGGCACGCAGCAAGGUCCCAUCAGAGUUUGUAGUGCAGCGUAAUGAGAACGCCAAUCCCCCUACCCUCUUCCUGGUCUUGGAGGAGCUUGUUGAGCAGCUGGAGAACCACUCAGAUACUCCGCUUUCCCGGGACACUCUGCCUUUCCUCCGAAGGCUGUACCCAAGACUGCAGACGUGGUUUGAAUGGUACAACACCACUCAAGUUGGUCCUUUGCCCAACUCCUACCGUUGGCGAGGCAGGGACAAGGACACCAACCUUUUCCUGAACCCUAAGACCUUGACGUCUGGGCUGGAUGACUACCCCCGUGCCUCGCACCCUUCUGCAGAUGAGAGACACGUUGACUUGCACUGUUGGAUGGUGCUAGCAUCGGGGGUCAUGGCAAGCAUGGCCCGACUGCUCGGUGAGCCUCAUCAGGAGUACCAGCGCACCCACCUGACCCUUAGUGACAACAACCUUCUGAAUGAGCUACACUGGUCCGAGCAGCACCGUGCCUUCUGCGAUUACGGCAACCACACCCAAGCUGUGUCGCUGCAGCAAGAGAAAGUCUUUGUGCCUCCUGGACAGCCAAGGCACCAGUUCCCAGUGGCACGCCUGGUGCGCUACGUGCGCAAAGCCCCUAAACUUCAGUAUGUGAAUGCUCUUGGCUAUGUUAGCCUUUUCCCCUUCCUGCUUCACGUACUGACACCGGACUCCCCAAAACUACAGCAUAUCUUGCGGGACAUUCGAGAUCCUGACCGCUUGUGGACACCCUAUGGCUUGCGCUCGCUUUCUCGUGCUGAUCCUCUCUAUAUGAAGCGCAACACGGAGCACGAUGCCCCGUACUGGCGUGGAGCUGUAUGGAUCAACAUCAACUACCUGGCAAUAAGGGCACUGCACCACUAUGGCAGCACUGAGGGACCUUACAAGGAGGAGGCCGCUGCCCUCUAUCAAGAGCUCAGGACUAAUGUCAUCAGUAAUGUUUACAAACAGUACCAGGAAACUGGCUACAUCUGGGAACAAUACAAUGACAGCACUGGCAGGGGACAGGGCAGCCAUCCUUUCACGGGCUGGUCAGCUCUGACUGUGCUCGUAAUGGCUGAACAGUACUGACUGAUCUGCAGAUCCAGUGUUCUUAAUAUCAAAUUACUAAACGUGCCAUUAAUUGUUUCAAGAAACUGUAUCUGUGAUUGACUAAUUGUUUAAUUACACGUCAGAAGUAUGAAAUUUCUCUUCAAGUGCACUCACUGUAUGUCAUAGAACAAGGUCUUGCUGAAGGGACUAUUUUUACAAUGAUGUUUCGAGGUACUUUUAUAAAUCAGUCUUUGUACAACAUGGAUAUAUUACAGAAACAUUUCCCUUUUCAAGCCAGUUUAAUGUGACAAGUCAAUCCUCAGGUGUGAAUUGCCACGGGCUGUGUUGAGUGUUCCAGAAUGUGCAGACAAAAGAUUUUAAUGUAAUCGAACGAUGAUUAUGCAGUGCAGUCAUUUUGUUUCAGAAUUGGGGUGUGUUCAAAGGAAUAAAUCAAUACCUUCCUACAAGGUCUUUCUUCAGUUUAAUUGAGUUCUGCAUUGAAUGCCAAAAAUCUUCCACAGCUAUUCAAACAAGUUUUGUCAUGUUCUUUGAAAAGCGUCCUUCAGGUGUCACAGUGUUUCCCUUUAGAAGCUUGGUAAUGUUGACAUAAAUAAUAAAUAGUGGUGCCAUGGCAUUUCAGGAGGUUUUUUAGAACAAGUGCUCAAAGCUCAAUCCCAGCAACAAUUAGAGAAGCUUUCUAGUUGUUUUCACAUACAUGCAACCUCAGGACGUCCCAUGAUGCGCAGUGACUCUAGAGCUCAUCUUGUUUCAUAUAAAAUCAGGAUAGGGUUGACGGACAAAAUUCAGCAAGCGCUUAAUAGUACGAAAGCAAUUGGCCUGAGCCCAGCCCAGCCCAGCCCAUGACAUUGUCACACUACGUGGCCAGACGAAGGCCGACGGCUGACGUCAACUGUGCAAGGUGCAUUGUUUCUGUUGCACAUGGUUUCCAUGGAGAGUCUUUGUGGGAAACAGAGGCAGUUCACUGGCUCACGGCGAAUUGCCCAUGGACGCCGAAGCCAGAAAAGGGGAUAGUUCCACAUAUCCCCUCUUGCUUUGCCCAGAAGCAUCUCUUUCGGGUGAACUUUUCCAGCUCUCACUCUUUCCUUUCAUACGACGGUGAUGUUCACGUGCCCCCGUGCCCGCACCGCAGAGGGAGCGAGGAACCAUCUCUUUUAUGCCUCAAGUUUGAAUAGAUGCAGAGGCAGAGCUCGGUGCUGGAAGGUUACAGUGCUAUAAAUAGGCCUGCUCUCUGGCAGCUGAGCUGCAGCUUUUAAACAGCAAAAUAACUGAACGCUCUGUAUGCUUCCUGAUUUCAAUUUAUUCAAUACAGGCUUAGACACAAACCUGUCCUUUCGAGUCGUUAUGUUCAGUUGUAGACAAGCUACAGUACUGUGCAGAAGUCAGAGACCAUCUGUCAUUUGUUUAAUUUCCAGUCAAAACAGCCAUUAAGUACAAUUUAGUCUUUUUUCAAACGACAAUUCUGUGGAGACCAUUUGCAAAUAAAAGGAAGAAGCUGCUGAUGUUCUCAGAACCAUGAACUGGCCACCCCAGAGCCCAGAUCUCAACAUCAUUGAAUAUGUUUGGAAUUAGUUGGAUCAUGAAAAACAGAAAACCAACUUUUGAGACUGAAUGUUGGAAGUAUAGAAAAAUGUUUCUGCAGAUUUGUUUAUAAAGCUGAAAGCAAGUCUUUUGAGAAGAAAGUCAGCUGUAAUAAAGACAAAGUG